GCAAUCGCAGGCAGAGCAGAAGCAUUAUCCAGUUCAGCAAAGCAAAGCAUUGACACCUCUCCUCUGUGAGUGUGUUUUUCAGAGUGCAUAAUCAAAGCAAAGCCUCCGGAGGAGCGCCGGCCUCGAGACGCUUGCUUGCCCGCCCCAGGAAGGAAGAGAUGGCCUCCGGUGCUGACUCUGACCAGCUUUUGGUGGAAGCGAAUGGCUACACACGGACGCUGAUUUUGAACCGGCCAAAGCAGCUGAAUGCACUCUCCUCCGCAAUGAUUAAGGAACUCUUGAGGUGUUUCACUACUUAUGAGAAAGACGAUGGAGUUAAAUUGUUGAUUAUGAAGGGGAAAGGAAGAGCAUUUUGCUCUGGAGGUGAUGUUACUGAAUGUAUACAGUCUAUACAUAAUGAGGGCUGGAAAUGGGUUGCUGAUGAUUUCUUCCGAAAUCAGUACUUGUUGUACUACAAAGUCGCAACUUGUAUCAAACCUCAGGUUUCUCUUCUAACUGGAAUUGUCAUGGGUGGAGGUGCUGGUAUUUCCUUACAUGGAAGUUUUCGAGUUGCCACUGAUAAGACGGUUUUUGCAAUGCCAGAAACAGCUCUGGGCCUCUUUCCAGAUGCAGGGGCCUCAUAUUUUCUAUCUCGGCUACCUGGGUUCUAUGGAGAGUAUGUUGCUCUUGUUGGUGCCAGAUUGGAUGGUGCAGAGAUGCUAAUGUGUGGCCUGGCAACUCAUUUUGUCCAAUCAAAUAAGCUGCUAUCGCUGGAAGAAUCGCUUAAAAAUGUUGAUACUUCCAAUACUUUAGCUGUGUGUCGUAUUAUUGAUCAAUUUUCUGAACAGCCAUCACUGAAAGAAAACAGUUCUUUGAAUAGGUUGGAAAUCAUCAACAAAUGUUUUUCCAAUAGGACAGUUGAAGAAAUUAUAUCUACUCUUGAGCAAGUGGCUUCAAAUUUGGCUGAUGAAUGGGUUGCUGUGACAAUCCAGUCCUUGAAAAAGGCUUCUCCUACCAGUCUGAAAAUCUCUCUGAGAUCGAUAAGAGAAGGGAGAACACAAACUGUUGAGGAGUGCUUGCGUCGGGAAUAUAGAAUGCUUUGCCAUGUCGUGCGAAGUGACUUCAGCAGAGACUUCUUUGAGGGAUGUAGAGCUAUACUGGUAGAUAAAGAUCAAAACCCAAAGUGGUGCUCUUUUUAUGCGGGUACUUGCAGUGGAUGCCUCCAAGGUUGGACCAAGUGCAUGACGAGGCAGUUGAACAAUAUUUCUCCAGAAUUGAUGAUCCACAGUGGGAAGAUCUAAACCUACCUACCAGACGUUCCUAUCGAAGAAAUAUUGAGUCCAGCCUUUGACUGAAGUGUUAAAUGGAGCCUAGGUGAUGAUCAGAAUAAUAUACAUCAUCUUAAAGUUUUGUAAGAGUCUGCGUAGACUUCAUACUAUUGAUAAAAUAUAACUGAAUAUGCCUUAUAGGUCAACGUUUAUCACUGUAGAAACUCUUUGACGAUAUUUAUCACUGAGUUAAAACAAAUCACUCACCACCUCAA